AUGUCGCUGGACAACUACUACCACAACAAGAUCGAGGCGAUGAAGCUGGAGAUCCUCAAGGGCCAAGCCGUACUGCGGCGCCUGGAGGCACAGCGGAACGACUACAACUCACGGGUGCGGCUGCUGCGCGAGGAGCUCGGGCUGCUGCAGCAGGCGGGGUCCUAUGUGGGCGAGGUGGUCAAGGUGAUGGGCACGAAGAAGGUGUUGGUCAAGGUGCAUCCAGAGGGCAAAUACGUGGUCGACGUGGCGGACAGCGUGGACAUUGCGAAGCUGACGGUCGGCAAGCGGGUGACGCUGCUGUCGGACAGCUACAAGCUGGAGAAGAUGCUGCCAUCGUCGGUCGAUCCGCUGGUGUCGCUGAUGAUGGUGGAGAAGGUGCCGGACAGCACGUACGACAUGAUCGGCGGGCUGGACCAGCAGAUCAAGGAGAUCAAGGAGGUGAUCGAGCUCGGCCUGAAGCACCCGGAGCUGUUUGAGAGCCUGGGCAUUGCCCAGCCCAAGGGCGUGCUGCUGUACGGGCCACCGGGCACGGGCAAGACGCUGCUGGCCCGGGCGGUGGCGCACCACACGGACUGCAAGUUCAUCCGCGUGUCCGGCUCGGAGCUGGUGCAGAAGUACAUUGGCGAGGGCAGCCGGAUGGUGCGGGAGCUCUUCGUGAUGGCGCGCGAGCACGCGCCCUCCAUCAUUUUCAUGGACGAGAUCGACUCCAUCGGCUCGUCGCGCGUCGAGGGCAGCAGCGGCGGCGACUCGGAGGUGCAACGCACCAUGCUUGAGCUGCUCAACCAGCUCGACGGCUUUGAACCGACCAAGAACAUCAAGGUCAUCAUGGCCACCAACCGGCUCGACAUCCUGGAUCCGGCCCUGCUCCGGCCCGGCCGCAUCGACCGCAAGAUCGAGUUUCCCCCGCCCAGCGUCGAGGCCCGCGCCGAUAUUCUGCGCAUCCACAGCCGCAAGAUGAACCUCACCCGCGGCAUCAACCUGACCAAGAUCGCCGAGAAGAUGAACGGCUGCUCCGGCGCCGAGCUCAAGGGCGUCUGCACCGAGGCCGGCAUGUAUGCCCUGCGCGAACGUCGCGUCCACGUCACCCAGGAGGACUUUGAGCUGGCCACGGCCAAGAUCCUGAACAAACAUGAUGAUAAGGAGGUCUCUCUCGGCAAACUCUGGAAGUAA